AUGAGGAACAGAGGGGAAAUUCCCACCGGAAGCUCACAAGUCGUUGCAGAAGUUAAUGAAUCUAUUUUGAAUAUGAAGCCACACAAAAGACCUGGAAUUUUAGGAAUCUCAGCAGCAUACGACCUGAAGUUCUACAGCACCAUCAACAACUUGUUUAGCUCCUCGCUGACGAUGGAAGGCUUGAUUCAAGUUGGACUGACGGAGCUACGCCUGGACGAGUUGAACCUUUGGGCUGGCAAUGACAUCAAUCAUAUGAUUUUGGCGUGUAAAUGGAACGCCGCUGAAACUUGUGGCCCAGAGAAUUUUACCAGGAUCAUCACUGACCAUGGUCUGUGUUACUCGUUCAAUGGGCCGGCCUCCCCCCGCUCCCUGUCAUUAGAUACACCAGGCACAUCCCAUGGUCUACAUUUGACUAUCAACAUUGAGGAAUAUGAACGAAUGCUUGGUCCUCACGUGGCCUCUGGCAUCCACCUACUGGUACACAACAGACGUGAGUACCCUCUGGUGCGACAACUGGGGCAAUCCGUGGCGGCAGGCAGCCAUGCUUCAGUGGCUCUCAAAUUAAAAAAGGAGUCUCGACUUGGUUAUCCUUACGACGAUUGUAAAGAUGGCGCCAUGGUGCACGUGCCCAACCAGACGUACUCCUACUCCAUGCCAGCUUGUAAGAUUGAGUGCUACGUGGAGUUCGUCUUGAAACGUUGUGGGUGCAGAGAUUAUUUCAUGCCUGGGAAGACUCCAGUGUGUACCUUCAGACAGUACAUGUUGUGUCUCAGGAGUGCUCAAAAAGAGUACGACGCCCUGGAGGAUAAAUUCUGCGAUUGUUCCACACCAUGCACAUCUGACAAAGUGGAAGUCUCCUAUUCCUAUGGUGCUCUGUCUAAACAAGCCAUCAGUAAAGUUCCGCCAAGUGAGAUGGAUAAGAUUAUUUCGCGAUACAGAAGAGCUCUGGACGUGUAUGAAUAUAUUAGCCCUGAUACUGUGUACAAGAAAGAUAGAUACCGAAAUUUGACAGAACUCUUGAGUGGCAUGAAAGAAAUCUACGUCACAAAAAUACCUAAAUUGUUGAGUGAAUUUGAAAAGACACUCUCUGAUGUAAAUGACAAAGCGAACCAGAUCUACAAGACCAGGCUAGAUGUACUUGAGACUCGGAAAGAAAUAGUCAAAGAAUAUUUUGUUGAACAGAAAGAUUCUUGGAGCAAAGUUACAUUGGGUGGUGCAAUCAGUGAUGUGUAUCUGUUCUCAUUACAAAUCCUUUACAUUGUCCAGUUGAUAGGUGGGACUACAGACAAUGCAACACGAACUCAUCUCUAUAACACAGUCAUCAAUGAACUCAAGGCCAGAUCUCAGCUUCUUAACAUAAGUCUAGCAGCUUUUGAGGGCAAAGAAACAGCUUCCAACUCUGACGAAUCACUCAGUAACGACACUCUGCUGUCAUUUGUAUUACACCAGUCUGAAAACGUAACAUCUUAUAAGCUGGCAAACACAUCAAUGAACGAAGUUGUCCAAGGGAGACAACUGGUCAAGGCUGAUAUUGAAAAGUUCAGAGACUUGUUCUCCGAGAUGAUGGAUUAUCUCACUUUGGCCUAUAACACUGGGAGAACAUCUGUUGACAUGAUUAAGACGACAAUCAAGAAGCUCGCCCCUUUGUGUCAGCACUACAUAAUAGCAAGUGACUUUUUACACGGAGGAACAUCAGAAAAUCAAUUGGUGGAACUAGAAACUCAGCGGGCAGAGGUUCAAAACGCGAAACUCAAGUGUGAUGAACUAUUCGACUCAAUUAAUGAAACUCUUGCCGGAGUGAUGGAACUUUUUACCUCGCCAACUAGCGGCGCUUUAAACUUUUACUACAAUGUAAGCAGAAGUAUAGCGAACUAUCUGACGUCAGUGAAUAUCACUUCUAAGUUCGUGUUAGCAGAUCUAACUCUUGGAAUAGAAGGUGAGGCCGCCCGAGAGGAAUUGGACUUCACCGACCGUAAACUGGCUGACCACAUCUCAGAUCUUGACAGUGCCCUUAACGGAUUGUCGUUCUGUUGGAUAGAGAACAUCCAGGGUGUAAUCGAGCAAGAAGGUAUCGAUACGGUGUUUGGAUGGAGCAAUGGGAAGCUUGGGAUAUCGUUCAACAAUUUCACUAAGCUAGUUAGGGUCAAUAUCGCCCAACUUCACAAUUUUACGGCGAACUUGAAAGAAAUAAAAACAGCGCAUGAUCGGCUGCUGAAGCUUGUGGAUUUUUUGACGGCAGAUUUGACGGAUUUGAGAAACCAAGUCAAAGUAGACUUAAAUUUUCAAAGUAAAAACUUCAUAAUAUUGGAUAUAUUCUUUCCGGACAUAAGCUACACAGUGACAGAGCAGCAGGUAGCAUACGAUACAGUCAAGUUAUUGAGUGACAUAGGCGGCUCCAUGGGGCUCCUAGUUGGGUCCAGCGCCAUAACUUUGUUUGAGUUUGUUGACUUCUUUUGCCUUCUGGCUUUUGCUCUCUGCUGGAAAAGGCGUCGGUCAAGAUCUAGGGACAAAUCUUACGGGGAAAAAAGAGAGUUAUGAUUGAUGUUAAUCUACAACUAUUUUGUACGAGGUUGUAGGGGAACCUGAAGAGUACCAAAAAAAAAAUAAUAAGAGGAAGAUGAAGCAAAAGGAGAGAAAGAAAGACAAAGGGAGAGACAACAAAUUUUACCCAAGACAACAGAGGGGUGGUCGACCAAUCAAGUGUGGUGCCCCAACGGUCCAACAGACUAAGAAAUAGCUUAAUAAGUUAUUUGUACUAUUAGUCUUAUAAUGCUAAAAGAGCUGUUUUGUGCAACACAAUACUUACUAGUUAAGAUUUUUGUAAUCAAUAAAGUUUUUGCCUAUUAUUGUUAUCUUGUUUGGAAACUAGUCUAGUAAUGAUCACCCGAAACCAGUGUAAGAGAACACUUUUUAACAAAACAAUAUGACCAUGACCUUAGAGCUGUACCAAGAGUCUUUUGAUGUUUAUUUAUUUAUUAAUAGAUAUGAUUGUGAUUGACCAUAUCGUAAUAAAAAAAAAAGAUCUUUUUUGAAAAAAAAA